ACGAAGCGCUGACAAACGAUGCGCAAGGUACAAGCAUAGAUUUGUAUAAGUUGUCGCACUUGGCACUGCCUCUUCGUUGAGAGAGAGAACGGAUACAGUCAGAUCCCAGAAGAAAUCAUGGCGCCACAACUCGCUUGGAUUGGCCUCGGCAACAUGGGCAGGGGCAUGUGCAAAAACUUGGUGGAAAAAGGUAACCUCGAUAAGCCCCUAAUCCUGUUCAACCGCACCACAUCCCGCUCCGAAGACCUCGCAUCCAGACUCGGCAGCUCCAAGACCAAGGUUGUCAAUACCAUCAACGAUGCUGUCAAAUCUUCCGACAUUGUCUUCAUGUGCUUGGGCGACGAUGCAGCUGUGAACGCUGCUGUCGACAAGAUGCUCGAAGAAGAUGUCAAGGGCAAACUUAUUGUAGAUUGCUCCACGGUACACCCAGAAACGACGAAUGCUUUGGAGAAGAAGAUAAACGAGAAGGGGGGUGAGUUCGUGGGCAUGCCAGUAUUCGGCGCCCCGGCCAUGGCAGACAACGGCCAGCUUGUUUGUGUGACAGCAGGCUCAAAAGCGGCCUGCGAUAAGGUAGUUCCGUAUACGACAGGCGUGAUGGGCCGCACGAACAUCGAUUACUCAGGGCAGCCAGCAGGAAACGCCACCCUCAUGAAAGUCAUCGGCAACACCUUCAUUUUGAACAUGGUCUCACAGCUGUCUGAAGGCCACGUCCUUGCCGAAAAGUCUGGUCUAGGGGUAAACAACCUCCACACAUUCAUCUCUACAAUGUUUCCCGGUCCCUACACCGCGUACUCGCAGCGCAUGCUAGCCGGCGACUACUAUCAGCGCGAGGAACCUCUCUUCCAUAUUGACUUGGCACGAAAGGAUGCAAGGCAUGCCAUGUCGUUAGCGGAGAGUAGUGGCGCGAAGGAAAGUAUGAAGAUGCUAGGCUUAGCACAAGGUAGAUUGGAUAGUGUGAAGAGUGAAAUCGGGGACAGAGGAGAUAUUCCGAGUGUUUACGGAGUGGUGAGGAAGGAGAGCGGCUUGGGUUUCAAGAACAAGGAUUAGAUGGGUAGAUCUUCUAUUGCAGUUCUGGAAUACAUGUGUAGUUUUCACCCUGUCAGGGUGCUCCUAGUCGCCGUGUAUGAUAAUAUUCGCCCGAGCGGUACUUAAUACGCUAAUUGCGACUGCCGUUGAUACAAGCAUGGCUAUCGCAACUUCUGCUCGACUUACUUUCCAUAGAAAUCCCGAUGCACAC